AUGAUAUCGGGAUAUUGGUGGAUACUCGGCAAAUACGAACGACGGUGUUUAUCAGAUCCAAAUUUGGAAGUUGUCCAUUUAAACCCUCUUUGGAAUGCAGAAGGAAAGUUAGGAGGAAAAUCCAAAUUUAUCGCCGCCUGGAUUGCACCAGAUCUCAAUAGCAAGGGAGAUGCCUUUAUAUCUAAUGAUGUCAUCACAGUGUUGGGCAUUAGGAUGUAUGAAAAUCUUUACGAAAAUCCAUCCGAUGGUGGAUACCUGAUAGCUGGUGAUCGUGGUAUGACUCCAGCCAUGCCUGAACACCUGCUUCGCCACCGUCCGUUAUCAAAAUAA